CAAGAAGCAUAACAACCUGAUAGUAAACAGACAGGCUGGUAAAAAUUAAACGUUCCAGUUCGCUUCUCUUCUUUCAAGCACUUGUUAUAAAUACCAAGGUGAUGUGUACAAUCAUUCUCAUACAGUUUGUACUGUGAAAUAUUGAGUAUACAAACUUUUGGUAUUGGGUAUACAAAAAAUUUCGUUCACACAUAGUUUGACAAUUGCGAGUUUAGUAAAGAGGUUAUACAGCAGAUAAGUAGAAUAUGGUGGCGUUAUCAUCAUUCGCAGUAACAUUGUGUGCUUUAGUGGCAUGUGUACACGCACAGCCUUCACCGGCGAGUCCCGAUCCACGAUUGGACUCUCGUUUAGUCAACCUAGAAUCUCAGACUGGCUCAGAUGACAGACCCUUGGGCCAGGUUAUUGGCAUGUCGACACUAUUAUUGGCGUCUGACGAGUAUUCGUCUCGAUUGCCUCUCAGUGUGUUGCAAGGGUAUGGCACAACAUACGAUAUGUACAUCAACGAAGUACCUGAUCUACUAGUGCCACACUGGCAUGCUAUUGUUGUGACAGAUACGUGGUUUCCCCACAUUGAAGAAGUACGAGCUUACGCGAGUGAGUACGGAAUUCGUAUGGUUGUGUUACAUUCAACACCUAGCGAUAUCGACACCAGUCAUCUGAGAGUAGCAGCUGAUGAGACAAAGGCAACACAUGUAGCCUUUGAUGCUAGCCCUGUCACCGCCGACAUUGCAGACGUGAUGAACAUCAAUGGGGUAUGGGCUGUGGAUGAACUACAGGCUCAGUCAAUAUCUGCAUUAGAAGGAAGUGAAAUUAUCACAUUCAUGCGUUAUAUUAAUGACACACCGAUAGCUGGGGCAUCUGAACCAGUCGCCGUGAUUAAAGUCGACUCUGUUCCAGCCGAGGAUGAACUUUUGGUGCUCACUGACGCUAAUCCUGCAAGAGGUAGUGCACGCCGUUCAGCCGAGGCAAAAGGGCCUGUCUCCACUGGUAAACCUGCUGCAUUCAUAAGCAAGACUGUCGCAGGCACAGAAGAGAUGCAUUUCAGAUUCAGUGCGAAUACCGCGGCUAUCGACGAGGAUUUGAGACCGAGUUACGUCAUGCCAACGACCUUCACACACUUCAACUUGGCUCUUGGUAAUGUUUGGUUUAAUUGGGUAACGAGAGGUCUAUACCUGGGGCAGCGAAGAAUAUCACUGGGGAUACAUAUCGACGAUUGGUUUAUUAACACCCAACUACUCGACACCGAAGAGAUUUUCCGCAUCUCAGGCGAGGACGUUGAGAUUGCAGUACAGUGGAAAGAACAAUUGAAGAGCAUACUACCUGCAGGUAGUAUGGUAACUCUGGAACCAGCAUUCAAUGGAGGUGGCAUAAAGAUGUUCGGUAUUGACGAGAGCGAUAAUCUGAUCAAUGCCUCCAAGCAGCACGUAGACGAGUUCAACUGGGUAUCGCACACUUGGACGCACCAGAAUCUGGACUGGUUAGAAGCAGUAGAGUGUAAUAAUCUAGAGAAGGAAUGCAAUCCCGAUGCAGACCGUUACACAGCAGAGUUAAGCUACAAUAUACGUGUUGCUGAGGGUCUCGAGGUGGACAAUUAUGGCAGCCUCGUGCCAGUGUGGGAGGGAAAUGAGAUGACCCCGGCGGGAAUCAUGCCGAUGAAUACGACUUUCUCGCGAAACUCAUUGGUAACUCCAGAGAUAUCUGGGCUUUGGCCUGCAAGCUAUGAUAGCACCCCUCCUGCCGGACGUAAGGCUUACAACAAAAACGAGUUGCUGCAUAAGGCUUUUAAGGCGAAUGAAAUUUACGCUGUUACCGGAGACAACUCCAGACCAGAAUUGAGCGCCAAAAAUCCCUAUCAUGGUAUGAUCACUACUGCCAAGCAAUAUGGCGUCGCGGAUUUGCUUAUCAUGCCCAGAUACUCGCCCAACAUCGCGUUCAGUUGCAACUCCAAGGCGUGCUUGACGCACUACUAUGACGAUUACGGUGCGUGUAGCUUUGUAACGUACGGUCCCAGUUGCCCUGGUAAGAAUAUGACAGGUGAUGCCAUCCUAGAACGCGAGGCUAAGACAGCUACGGUACCCCUACUACAGUAUAGGCACGAUCCAUACAUGUUUCAUCAGGCGAAUGUGAAGGCUAACGAGUUCCGAGGUGGACAAGCACCUUUAGUUGGGCAGUGGAUGCAACUGGCAAUUGAGGAUCUAUUGCAGUACGUCAACAAAAUGCCAAUUGUGUCAAGGAAGAUGGACGAUCUAGCCGACCUAUACAGGAAGCGCAUGUCGCAAGAUAACGCGGAUAUGAAGGCUUAUAUCCAAUUCGACACACUGGGAAACCUCAUGUCAGUAGAUAUACUGUCAGAGAAUGACUUCGAUGUUACGCUGACUAUCAACCAGGCCUCCACAGCUGUGGCGAUUGUUGAUGAGGCCGACGUCACCGAAGUGCACGGAUUAGAUAUGAACUUAUACAAGAAGAUAUUUGGAAAUUCGGUGAACCGCUUCAAGAUGACCGGUGUGUGGUGAGGGGAGAAAUUACGAUUUGUACAUGGCAAACAAUAGUAGAUAGCAUAGAUACACAAAAAAAGAGGCCAUAGAGUCCGCUAACAAUUAAGGCGCACGACCAGGUGGAUUCUACCCUUUCUUCUAUUUCCGCCGAUCUGAAAUUCAAUCAAGACGAUCAAAGACAAUGCGCCAACUGCAGGGAUCAUACACAUAUCUCAAUACACCUGUGCUCGAGGCACAAUUGCGGAUAGCUACUGCAUAAACAAAAAAAUAAUGAAAAGAAAUUUAUAUCAAAUGGUCAUACUCGUACCCGGACUAGACUACUUGUGAUGGAACGAGCUUUAUAUAGCUUUAUAUAGUCAAUGCGUUGUGCAACGCAUUUUUAGUUCGCUAAGUUUCGUGGGUCUUCAAUCCCAUCAGCUUAAUUGUGUAUAUCAGCAACCAUCCACAAAACUGACCGGUGUCCAUGCAUAGCCAAAACCUAUUGCAUCGUCAGCCUAUACACACCCCUUCGGUGCAUAUCUCUGAUUCGACGAUCAGGUGUCAUCUCGCAGUGCGCCUCAGUAUGAUACUUGCCGUGACUUUGUAUCACUCUCGGCUACGACUGUGAUGCUUUUGCUCUACCACAAUUACGUUCUGAUGCUCGGCUAAUCGGACUGAUCGAGGGGUCGAGUGGAGUGCAACCUUGGUAGAGAAUGGUGCACACAUUCCGAACGUCAUGCCUAUUUGAUGUGCAUCGAUGUAAGUACUAGUUCACAUGAGCACUGUGGGUGUACAAAGGGACUCGGGUUAAGCCCCCUCAAGCGGAGGGAAGAAGAAGCCCAUGCAUGCAUCCGGUUGUGCAGCAGGUCAACGUUACUAUUAGGUGUUAAUCGACAUAUAUUGCAUCAGAUAGACCUACCACUGAAAACAAUUUUUUUUCAGAUGGGACAAGUUUGGUACUGUAUUUUUGUGCGUCGGACAUUCAUGGUUCCUGGCCUCCGGCGGCCAGAGCAAAAGUCAGUUCUUGUCCAUAUAGUGACCUAAGUAUAUCAGCAUUGCAGAUUUUGGAAAUUAUCAUCGCGCAAAUGUGCGCGUAAGCCCAAGAAGUAUACUUAGCCAGGAUCACACACUGACCUCUAGAUAGGCACUUCUCAGGAGCUCGGAAAGAGCCAGUUAGUCUGAUAGCGGCUAUAUGAUCGGUCACGUAUCAGGACAGCACCCGCUAUACCAAUAUACCACUAUACCACGCACAAGAGACCAUGUAGACACGAGUACGGCGAUUUUCACACGCCGGAUUAUUGCUACCAGCGUGGUGCCUACGAUGACAGCUCUCCAAAGGGCUUCCGCCCGGUGGCUGGGCGCGGUCGUUUAGAGUCACUUGUCGGUUGCGGAGUUGGUUGCAGCGCUGUGAAAGGUCUUUUGGGGACGCACCCAGAUAUCGCGUUCUCAUCUGCACAUCCGUAAAUUAGGGUAGAGGUUUCAGCAUGACGUCACGGGGAUAUGCACAGUUAGAGAUAGAACUCAAGGGUUUGUACAGAGAUAUAACACAUACAGAUACCCAAGUUGCUCAUAACCCACGGUACUCAUUCGAGUGGUCAAGGUUUAAUAAAUCUUAUACAAAGCGCAUUGCACGUGCUGCGACCGGUUUAAUAACUGUGACCAAUAGCUCCAUUACAUUUACAUUAUUCCGAUCACUACUU